GUUGAACUGUUGUCUGCCAACAAGGAAAGAAAUGUUAUUUUUCGCCUAUUAGAAUGUUUAUUUACUCGACAGGCUGGCUUAAUUUUUAAAAUCAGUUAUGACGAAGCAAGGGAGUUGUUUGUUUAGAAUCGGGUACUUUCUGUAUACACAUACCAGAUUUGGUCGAUAUUACCACGGAAAGGAUGUCACGAAGGCAAAAGACCAAUAUGGGGAAGAUGGGCACACGGUCAUAGAGCCAACCAUGUUUGAUAAACUUGAGAUUACACCGAUCCCAGUGGCCCUUGACAACUAUGCCUACAUUGUCAUGGAAACGGAAUCAAACACUUGUGUGGUUAUAGAUGUUGGAGAUGAUGAGGCAGUAUUGAGGUUUUUAGACAAAAUGAAUGUUGUACCAGCUGCUGUGCUAACCACCCAUAAACACUGUUAGAGAUCUACAUUAUUUGAG